GGAAAUCAAAGUGGAGUAUAUCACCCCAUAUAUACAUAUAAUAUAAAUGUUAGUAACUACACUUAGGAUACCCAAAGGGUUUUCUAUGACCCGGGUGGCAUGGGUCAGACAGUUAUCAUCCAAGCCACCAUCUUCAGCGCUGUCCAACACCACUGGAACUGACGAUAAUCCCAACACUCCUGGCGCCACCAACCUGACUCCAGGAAAGAAAUCUUCAAAUAAUGUGACUGGUUCAGAAGGUAAGAAAAUGAGAUUAUCCGAAUCGGAUGAAAAUCAUGAGUUAUCUUCGGUACAAGAGACUGGUACUUUGGACAGUAGAUCACCUUCAAAUAGAGCUUCAACCACUUCAAAAUAUAUAUCAUUUAAAGAUUUUCCUCGUGCUCCUGCUGCCAUUAGAAAAUCGUCAACAGAUUCUUUACUUGGUCUUAUUGAUAGAAGAGCAUUUUAUUCUCAAAAUGAACAAGAACAGAAAGAUAUCGAAAAGAAUAUAUCAGAAGCAACAAAGCCAGUGGAAGUAAGACCAUAUCAUAGUUUCCAAAUCCCAAAACAAUUUCUUAAGGGACAUAGAGAUGAUGAAAUAGAAAGAAUAUUAAAUGAAAUAAAUGAUUAUUCAUCAUCAUUUAUUCCAUCUGAAUUUGUUGAUUUAACUAGACCUCCAUUUGCAGAACAUCCUCUUAAAAGAUCAUGGUCCAAUUUAAUGCCCUUAAACCCAGGGUUACAUUCUAUCAGUAACGAAUAUUUGUGGGAAAUUGUUCCAGAAAAUAAACUCUUCAAGAGUCCUCCAUUUGAAUCUGUUCAAAAUAACAAAAAUGAAGAUGUUUUGUUUAGAUAUAAGAAUUGGGAAGAACAGAAGAAGAAAGAAAAGACCAAACAACUUCAAGAAAAGCUUAACGAACAAAAGGAAACUGAUGAAGCAGUGAAGGAAUUUCAAAAGAAUAAUUCAUUCUUUGCAGUUUCAGGAGGACGUAAAAAAUUAAAUCGUAAUCUUGUAAAGAAGUUUAGGAAAUUGAAACAGGAAGGGAAAUUGGGAAAAAACACAGAGGAUGAGGAUUAAAUAGCAUCAUAUUUUAUAUUGACUUAUUAUAUUAUUAUUAUAUUA